CCAUAGUAGGCACUCAGUUUUAUCUGGCGAGUCAGUAAAUAUUCGUGAGAUUUACAACACGCCUGAAAAUAUUGGCUUUUGGCAUGGCGGCGGCAGUAUAUCGUUGGCGUACAUAGCGUGAAUUCGCGGCACGCUCUUUGUUCGUUGCACAUUCCGCUGCAUUGUCAACGCUAAGGACGGCGACUCUGUGUAGAUAUAUUGAAAGCGCAAAGUGCCGGGCAAAAGUAACUGGCACACAAAGCAUUUUGCAAAGGGCGAACGCGAAUUCGAUUGCGAGUUUUUUUUUCUUUUUCUGUUUAAGUAACGAAAAAACGCUAUUGUUUUCGGUGCAUUGUGUCAAAUAGUAAAGAGUGCAGAAAAAAGUGAAAAAAAAAUCACAAAAAACCCCAACGUGCCAAGCAACUGCUGUGACUACCACACACAAACGCUUUUGCGGCCGCAGCGCUGUGACGCGUCAUCACAAAGCAAGCCGACAAAAAAAAAAAAUUAGAAAAAAAUACAGUAAUAAUAAAAAAAAAACACUUACAUUGCCACAGUAGCUAAAGCAUUAUCGCUAUUGCGGCCAUACAUCCGCCAAUUCGUCAACCUGCUGGCAUUAGGGUGCUACGGCACAAAAGAAUGCCCCGCACAACGCCGCCGCACCGCUAAUUAACUGAAAAUCGCCUGCUGAAAUAUUCAUCCUGUCUAUUUGAGUUUGAUUGUGUCAUUGUAGUUGUCGUUGUUGUUUUUUAUUCGAUUGUCUUUUUUUUUUUUUUUUGUUGGUUGUUUGAGUUACGCCGCCACGCAGCCCAUUGUUGUCUGUCUGUGGCCUUUCGUCGCGUUCAGCGCAGACAUUCAGACGCCAUUGAAUUGCAUGUUUGUUGUUGUUAUUGCCAUUAUUUAACAGCGUAUCGUUAAUUGCAACAUCCGUCGUCGCCAUGUUGGUACCGCCGGAUAUGUUGGCGGCGCAAACGCGCAUGAUAUAUCAGAUGAAUCGCUACUGUGCGGAGCGCGUCCAAGCGCGUAUGUUCAAAACGGCCACAGCCAUAAGAGAGAUCUGCAAAAUCGUACAGGAUAUUCUGAAGGAGGUGGAACUGCAGGAGCCGCGCUUCAUCUCCAGUUUGGUGGAGUGCAAUGGCAGAUUUGAGGGCGUUCAAGUGAUCUCGCCGAAUGAAUUCGAAAUUGUCUUGUAUCUCAAUCAAAUGGGUGUUUUCAACUUCGUCGAUGACGGCACCCUACCCGGCUGUGCGGUGCUCAAGCUGAGUGAUGGUCGCAAGCGUUCCAUGUCUCUGUGGGUGGAAUUCAUCACGGCGUCGGGUUAUCUGUCUUCGCGCAAGAUACGCUCGCGUUUUCAGACGCUGGUCGCGCAAGCGUGUGACAAGAGUAUUUAUCGUGAUAUGGUCAAGGUGAUCGGCGAUACAACCGAAGUUAAGCUGCGCAUUCGUGAGCGUUUUGUCGUGCAAAUAACGCCGGCUUUCAAAUGUUCCGGCAUAUGGCCGCGUUCGGCGGCUCAUUGGCCGCUGCCACAUAUACCCUGGCCACAUCCGAAUAUAGUGGCCGAAGUGAAGACGGAAGGCUUCGACUUGUUGUCGAAGGAAUCAAUUGUCAUGCAGAAUAAGAACAAUAAUGCCGCGAUGGAGGGCGAUGCGUGGGUGCUGAGCUUCUUCGAAGCGGAAAAUCGUCUACUACAGGGUGGCUGCCGUCGUCGCUGUUUAAGCAUACUCAAGACAUUGCGUGAUCGUCACCUCGAUCUACCCGGCAAUCCGAUCACCGCUUACCAUCUGAAGAAUCUACUGCUCUACGAAUGUGAGAAACAUCCGCGUGACUUCGAAUGGGACGAGCCGUGCAUCGCCGAUCGCAUCAACGGUAUCUUUCUGCAGCUGAUCUCAUGUCUACAAUAUCGCCGAUGUCCACACUAUUUCCUACCGACACUCGACAUGUUCAAAGGCAAAUCGCCCAGCUCGCUGGAGCAGGCGGCCAAGCAGGUUUGGUGUUUGACGCGCGAAAUGCUGACCAAUGCGAAUGCAUUCGAGAAACUCUAAAGCCAACGCGACGCGUCUAUUUAUUUAUAUAUAUAAAAAAAAAAACAAAUAAUCAAUAAAUAAAAUGUUAUAGAUAGUGCAACAACAACAACUACAACACAUUAGCAGUAAGAAUAGCACUUAAAGGGCGAAAACGAAGGCUGCGGUGACGGCGAGGAAAUAUUGCUGCUGAGCGCUGAGCCAACUCAGCAUUCAUGUCUAGUUGCAACUUUGGAUGUACUUACAUAUGUAUAUGAGUGUGUGUGGAUGUACACAUGUAUGUAUGUGAAUGAGUAUAUUUUCGCGAUUGCAAUGCGCUGAUAACACUGACAGCAUUGGUGUCAAUUGGCUGCUGUGUGAGUGCCGCUCCAACGACGAGGGUGCUGAGGAUGUGGCGGCAUGUCUAUGAGUAUUCACAAAUAUACAUGCAUAUAUCUAUACACAUACAUGCAUAGGUAUGCUUGCAAUGCCUCACAUGUAUAUGUUGCAUGCAUGUAUUGUUUCGUGUGCAUGCUGCAUGCCACAUCUUCCAUGUGAAGUGCUAAAAAAUCGCAUUUGAUAAAAUCUGCAACAGAAAACUACUUCAUUUUCAAAUUGUAUUCAUGGCGAUUUGGCAGGCCUUACGGCAAUGAGCCUCCAGCAGCCGGCACCAAGUUAGAUUCGCAGCGAUAGGAACGCGUGUACACGCCUGUAGUUAUGUCUGUCUGUUCACAAGCAUGCAUAUGUUGAUGUGCCGCCGGAGAUAACGUCAUCUAUGAGAUUAUCCUUGCGUUAAAUAUCCUUUUUUAUGUCUGUUGUUUGGCACUCGUCUUUCAGGCGUUUCGUGUAAAGCGUGUAAAAGGUGCAGUUAAAUAUUUCGUAGCUUAUAUACAUCUACAUUUAUAUAUUUACAUACAUGUAUGUAUAUAUAAUGAUCACAUAUAAGUAACUAAUAUGUAAGCCCUUCGCCAAUUAAUUACACAAUCAGCUGUCGCACAUGUAACUGUGCAUAUGAACAAUUUUACAUAAUAAUUACUAUUUAACUACUUAUACACAUGCAUAAUACUAUACUAUAUAAUGGCUGUAAAGCUGUUAUUUACCUUAUUAA